AUGUUAAAUAUUCAUAUUAGUUGUAACGAAAAUUUUAAUAUCUCUCAAAAUACUACAUCCGAGAUACCCAAAGAAACUGAGUGUAUAACUACUACAACUACUGAUGAAUCUAUGAAUCUAUUUAGCAACGAUGCCACACUUCAUUGUCAUCCCAACCAAAUGGUUAAUUUUGUUGGUGCGAGUACUUCUGGAAAUCCAAUUAAUGAAGAGAACCCAAACCACAAAUUAUCCACCGAAGUGCUUAAAAAUGUAUCGAAUAUUUCUCCUCUUCUUGGUACUGAAAAUAAAAAUGUAACUUUGUCAUCAAAGCACGAUAGGGCAAUGGUAUCUGAUGAGGAUAGUGCAAUAGUUCAUAAUGCAGAAAUAUCUACAGCAGGGAACAAACUAACAUGCAUAGAGAAUCUAUCAUCAAGCUUAUCUUCAUCUUCAUCAAGCUCAUCUGAUAUUAAUGAAAAUAACUUCAAUGCUGCUAAUAGAAUUAAAGAUUACUCCGAUGAAGACUCACAAAAUGAUCCAUAUGGAUCCGAUGAUAGCGUGCGCGAUCCCUUAUAUCAGGAGACCCGUGAAUCUUCCGAUUCUGAAGCAGAAAUAGAAGUAGACCAAGAUGAGAAUCCGUCAAUGAGAAAGAAAAUGUCGGCUGAAACUCAAACUGAGAAAAUUGGAAAAAAAAAGAAAGAGAAGACCCGAAUUAUGGCAAAAGAAUCAAUCAAAAAAUUUAAGAAACAAGGGAAAAUCUUAUAUUUCUACUCAAAUACAGAAAAAUGA